UUAUGGGAGAAAAAUAAUUCCAAACUGCUUGAAAUUGAAUAAUUGGGAUAAAAAUGUUCACAGUUAAACUCCUUCUUUUUAUUGUUCCUCUAGUUAUUUCUUCCAGAAUUGAUCAUGCCAAUUCAUCACUGGAUUCUACAUCUUCAGAGCCAAAAUCAAGAUUUGCUAUGUUAGAUGAUGUAAAAAUUUUAGCCAAUGGCCUCCUUCAGUUGGGACAUGGUCUUAAGGACUUUGUCCAUAAGACUAAGGGCCAAAUUAAUGACAUAUUUCAAAAACUAAACAUAUUUGAUCAGUCUUUUUAUGAUCUAUCACUGCAAACCAACGAAAUUAAAGAAGAAGAAAAAGAACUGAGAAAAACUACAUCUAAACUACAAGUCAAAAAUGAAGAGGUGAAGAAUAUGUCACUUGAACUCAACUCAAAACUUGAAAGCCUCCUAGAAGAAAAAAUUCUACUUCAGAAAAAAGUGAGGUAUUUAGAGGAGCAAUUAACUAAUUUAAUUCAAAAUCAACCUGAAAUUCAGGAACAUCCAGAAGUAACUUCACUUAAGACUUUUGUAGAACAGCAAGAUAACAGCAUCAAAGACCUUCUCCAGACUGUGGAAGAACAAUAUAAACAAUUAAACCAACAGCACAGUCAAAUAAAAGAAAUAGAAAAUCAGCUCAGAAAGACUGGAAUUCAAGAACCCACAGAAAAUUCUCUUUCUUCCAAAUCAAGAGCACCAAGAACCACUCCCCCUUUUCAGAUGAAUGAAAUGAAAAAUACAGAACAAGAUGGCAUUCCUGCUGAUUGUUCCGCCAUUUAUAACAGAGGUGAACAUAUGAGUGGCAUAUAUACCAUUAGACCAAGCAAUUCACAAGCUUUUGAUGUCUACUGUGAAAUUAAAUCAGGUAGUCUAUGGACCUUAAUUCAACACCGAAUAGAUGGAUCACAAAACUUCAAUGAAACGUGGGAGAACUACAGAUAUGGUUUUGGAAGACUUGAUGGAGAAUUUUGGUUGGGCCUAGAAAAAAUAUAUUCCAUAGUGAAAAAAUCUAAUUAUAUUUUACAAAUUGAGCUAGAAGACUGGAAAGACAACAAGCAUUAUAUUGAGUAUUCUUUUCACUUGGGAAAUCUUGAAACCAACUAUACACUACAUCUAGUUGAGAUUGCUGGCAAUAUCCCCAAGUCCCUCCCGGAACACAAGGAUUUGAUGUUUUCUACAUGGGAUCACAAAGCAAAAGGACACUUCAACUGUCCAGAAAUUUAUUCAGGAGGCUGGUGGUGGCAUGAUGUAUGUGGAGAAAACAACCUAAAUGGCAAAUAUAAUAAACCAAGAGCAAAAUCUAAGCCAGAGAAGAGAAGAGGAAUAUGCUGGAGGUCUGAAAAUGGAAGGUUAUACUCUAUCAAAUCAACCAAAAUGUUAAUCCAUCCAGUAGAUUUAGAAAGCUUUGAAUGAACAAAAGCAAAUCAAAAAGUCAAUAAAUUAAACUUUAAACUCA